UCUUCAAAAUCUCACAAUUAACUUUAAUUCUUUCUAGAUAGAGAAAAAGAUGUGCUCCUUUAUCCUGUGGUGAGUUAACAUAGGCAUGCACAAAUGCCAUCCCAAGUGGGCAGUCUUACAUAUAGCUACAUCCUCAUUAUGGUACACACUUCAGGGAGCAAAUUGCUCAUUUGGAGUAGUAACCACUGGGUUGAGAAAAUACACGUGUGUGCUUUAAAUGCACACACUUCACAUGUCAGUAAGCGUUAUUAGUGACUACACCACUCUACAAUACCACAAGGGCAUGAGGAGGCAGGGAGCUCGAAAGAGUGGGGGGGGUAAAGGCUGACAGAUGAGUAGAGUGAGGCACAGAACAGAGGGAGUGGCGCAAAGAGGCAGGAGCAGCUUGUGCGUGUGAGUGUGUGUGUGUGUGUGUCUUUGGAGACAGGGAUCAGAAAUUCAAGAGAGUCAGCUCAAAGAGGAGAAGCGUCCCCCCGGUGACAGAUCUGGACCCAGUGAAAGGACUUGACAGGGGCAAAAAAAAAAAUCCUGUAAGGUACAGAGCCGUGGAGGAGGCAGCGACGGGACGACAGGCUGACAAAAUCGUGAAGUAAAUAGAGGGACUAUUACUCUCUGGGUUGUUUUGGCCGGCCUGGCUUCCACAGUGACAACAUGGGUGCAGUGGUGGGCACUUUGACCAUGCAAACCAAACAGAGGAGACCAUCUAGAGAUAAAACAGAUGAUGAGCUUGAGAUGACGAUGGUGUGCCACAGACCAGAAGGACUUGAGCAACUCGAAGCCCAAACAAACUUCACCAAACAGGAACUGCAGAUCCUCUAUCGUGGUUUUAAAAAUGAAUGUCCAAGUGGAGUUGUGAAUGAGGAGACUUUUAAACACAUUUAUGCACAGUUCUUUCCUCAUGGAGAUGCAAGCAUGUAUGCGCAUUAUCUGUUCAACGCUUUUGACACUGCAAACAAUGGUUCCAUAAAGUUUAAGGAUUUUGUAAUGGGACUAUCUAUUCUGCUGAGGGGAACACUAAGGGAAAAGCUGGAGUGGACGUUUCACCUGUAUGACAUCAACAGAGAUGGAUACAUAAACAGAGAGGAAAUGACUGAGAUUGUGAGGGCCAUAUAUGACAUGAUGGGCAAGUACACCUACCCUGCACUGAAGGGAGACGUUCCACAGCAGCAUGUGGAUGCCUUUUUUCAGAAAAUGGAUAAAAACAAAGAUGGCGUGGUGACUUUGGAGGAGUUCAUUGUAGCCUGCCAAGAGGAUGAAACUAUGAUGAGAUCCAUGCAGCUGUUUGAAAACGUGAUGUAGAACAAGCAGAGAGGGUGGAGACAACCACAUGGAAAAAUGAGAGGGCUGAAUGUGAGUGCGUGUGUGUGGAUGCAUAUGUGCAGUACAUCCAGUCUCUCUUCCUCCUCCUCCUCCUUUUUUAUCCAGCUGUGGUUAGGAUAUAGGCUGAAUCCCCCACAAUGACUUGUAUGAAGGGACUGGACUGGGAUGCUCUUUAGUGCUCCUGACGAGUUUCGACACACAACACAAAGUGACUGAUGUGACAGACAUGGAUUUUAACACAUUCGUCUCUGUUCUGUCAUGAAGACAUGAAGAUUGGCCUGUUAAAGAUAAAGCUGCUCAUCCAUUAUGAGGCUGCUCCUGACCAGCGAAGGGCAAUGUGCUCAAGAAGCUGAACGUUUUAUUUUCUUUUUUGCCAAGAAGCAGUUGGGGUUUGUUUAUUUUUUUGCUUUUUUUUAAAUUGUUUUUUUGCCAAAGUAUGAUUGCAUGCUUGUUUUAUUUCUAAUUUUUUGACAGAUUUGACCAUAAGUAAAUCUAUACUUGUGUCUCAUCCAUCUUGCGGUUGACAGAUAUGAGAUACCGCAAACGUUGUACGUUGGUUUCACUGAUGCGGUGACCCUUGUAAAUUUGUGCUGACCUGGAUGUCGCUUGUGUGCUGAGUCUGUGUUAUGCUCGUCUGUCCAAAACUUACAGUACAAGUCAAAUAAUUUUAAAGCAGCACAUUUCCUGGGUCUUACAUGGUGUGUGUGUGUGCUUAUCUUUUCUUUUCUUUUUUUAGUGAAAAAGAAACCAAUUCAUUCUUUUUUUCAUAUUUUCAUCUGCUGCUUUUCGGCUUGUGGUCAAAUUGGUGUAUUGUCAAAAAUGUUUUUAAAAAAAAGAUUGAAAAACGAACAGGAAUAAAUUUUAAACAUAAUUAUGAAAUGCCCGCAAAUCAAAGAUGUUGAAGAAGAGGCUUAUUAGAUGUUCAUUUGCACAGAUGACAAGUAAUCGAGAUGUGACUCUCAAAUGGAGACAGCGAUGCCACAGAAGAAGUUUUGUCCAAAAGACAUCACUGUGUCAGAAAAAGCAAGAUUUUGCUGCUGGUCCAUUCCAGCAAAGAACUGAGAAAGCUUCUGAUAAUCUUGCAGGGAAAACCGCUGAAUGUCAGCUUUGGAAUGUGAUAUGACACUGAGGACAGCUCCAUUUGUAAUAAUGAACAUUUGGCACUGUGUCCUCCAUUUAAACGAGGACAGUGAUGUCACACUGACGUACAUGGUACACCGAAAAUAGGGUUUUUUCUGUAGCAGUAGCCCACUGAAGGUUUCCUGUGACUCGUGGUGUAUAUAAAUGCGCCACCAUAAUAGAAAACUCGCAAGACUAUCGUAGUUUAGGCACUAAAAUAUUAAUUGCUGUUCUUUUUCGCAGUCACUAGAGAGGCUCUUUUUUCUGCACCGUGCGACCGUGUGACAUCGCAGCCUCAGGUCUUGGAGAUCUUAUUUUGGAAUCAGAUUAUUAAAUCUCACCAACAGGUUCAUUCUAAGCCAUAUGAAUAAAUGUGUCCAUUCUUAAA